GCUACAGCGGUGAUUGGCCCGCAGUGCAUCGCGUCAUAGCCGUCACUCGGGAUUGGUUCUUUGCUAAUAAAUCACUUCUGCACAGAUGUAGGUCAGAGCUCAAAAUUCGUGCCGAUAACUAUAGGUAAAUGGUGCGACUCACCGUAAUAUGCUUUUUGCAUUUAUAGUUUUUUAUUUUAUUUUGAGUGUCAUUCGUAAAAUAUAGGAAUUGGGUGUUAUUAUAAGUUAUUUUAAAUUAAAUAAUAAUUAAUAAUGUUGGAAAUAUCUGCCGCUUUAAUAAUAUUGUUGUCACUUAAUAAUAAUUGUUUUACGUGCAUGUGACAUGAAUUCGGUCUCAAAAGGCAUUUAUUUUGUAAAAACUGUCUCAAUAAACUUUUAAUUUGCUACUAGUUUUUGGUUUUAUUUUAUCUAAAUAUACUUACCUUACUUCUAUGGAUAAAAAGCUCCGAAACUACGGAAGCUGUUUGAAAAAGUCGGACACUGUUGGACGGACAUAGACUAUACCCGAUUAACGCCUAGGCCCGAGUUCGGAUGAGUUUCCAUCGGAAAGCGGGAAACUGUUAGUAGCUACCGGAAUCAGCAGCAUUUAUUUAUUUAGUUAUUAAUAUCUAGGAAAUCAUAGUAAUAAGAAUUCUCAUCUUUCAAAUGAUUAUCAUUUUGGACCAUCACGUUUUAAUAAAAGACAAUAAAUAAUACUCUACAGAAGGCCACUGCGCCUCUUAUUACUCUAUACAUUUUUGGAAGAAAUAUAUAACCGUCAAAAUCCAGUCACUCAAAAAUUUUGACAUGUAAAUUCUGCGUGCUUUAACUUUUUUCAAACAAAAAUUUUAGUAUUUUUUACUAUAAACAAAAUCCUUCACAAAACAUGGAUUGGAACCGAGAUGGCAGCAAAAGUGCUGAGUUUGACAAACACAAGUCUUGGUAUAAAGUCGAUAUAGACGGGGACUACAUCACAAAAAAUACUAAAAGUAAAAACACGCCAAAGAAAAAUAUAAAUAAAACUAAAAAUCGAAGCAAAGAAAAGCCGAGAAGGCUGGCUAAGCCUGUGAUUUCGGAGCAAAAGGCUGUAGUUCUCGUAAAGGACAUGAAGAUUGUGAAAACGUUUGAAGAGAAGCCUGAGAGUUUGAGCAAAACACAUGCCCUAAUGUUUAGACUGGGUGUUCACUUAUGUUUCUCUUUAGUAAUGCUACUAACAGCAUACUACGGCUUUUCCUACGUAAUGCCAUCGCAAGUUAUAUCGUCAAAUAUUUCUUCAAUAGAAGGGUCGCUGCCGUCUGCUCGAGAUUUGAGACUAAAUCCUGGAUUUUUCCAAGAAGAAGAAAUAGAUAUCUACUCAGUGAAAUUUUUCCCGUCGCUGUGCCCUCAAAAUUGGCACCGUCCACGGAUCGCUACUAAAAUUCCUGUCCAGACACCGAACUUGAAUUUGAAUAUCACAUACAUAUUGCACCAUUGUCUAUUAAAUCCAUUCCUCAUUAAGACUUCAAAAUACGAAAAAAGUAAAUAGCCUACAACUAUUAGUACACCUAUUUUUCGGUUCCACAGUAUCAUACUCGUCAUCAUAAUAAUUCACUUCGUUUAGGCUUGCUAUUUUGCAAAUAUAAGAAAUA